GAAACCUGUGUAAACAAUGACGUAUCCACAGCGCACUUUUCGAAAUGGCGAACUUGCAAGAAUUGAAGACGGUGGUCAAAGAAACACUGGAAAAGCGUGGUGUACUUGGUCAGAUCAAGGCCAGGGUCAGGGCGGAGGUAUUCAAUGCACUUGAUGACCAGGCAGAUCCCAGACCUCCUCUCAGUAAUGAAAACAUGAUCAUCAAUGAGUUAAUAAGAGAAUAUCUUGAAUAUAAUAAGUACAAGUACACUGCAUCAGUGAUGCUUGCAGAAACCGGGCAGCCAAAAACACCUUUGAACAGAGAGUUCCUAGCUGAGCAAUUGAAUGUUGUAGAAGAUAAAACAGCAUCCUCUUUGAAAUUACCUCUUCUAUAUAGUAUCAUUGCUCAGUUCACCCCAGGAAGUAGACAUCAAGUAGACAAACCUGCACACCAAGAACAACAUGGUAGGGGAAGGAUGGGACUGCUGGAACAGCUAGACAGAGAUCGUAUUGGUCACAGUCAUGAUGGACUAGCACAAGACCCACUUAUAAUGAGAGGUGGAUACCGAUGAAGUACUCAAGUGUAGUCUACAAAGAAAUCAAAUACCCAUAGACUGUUAAACUGUAAUGGAAAGUAAAUUGAAGAGAAGCCAAAGAAAGUAUCACGUUCAGUAUGAUUUAAAAUCAUCUGCAUUUGGUGAUGGCAUAAAUUAACUGACUAAAGUCCAACAGCUGUUCACACCAUGGAUACAUCUUUGUCAGUUCGUGCAAUUUAGUCACUGUGACAGAGUCGGGAUGAUGUAAAGCACUUACCAAUGGCUACAAAUGAAAAAGACUUCUAUGAGGGGGCUGUUGCACCUGAAUAGACCAGAAAGCUGUUACUAAACAGAGCUGGGCUAGUUUUUUGCUGAGGUUAUUGCCAUAUAAACAAACUGCAAAACUUCCUGUAUGCUGGAGUUACCACAUUAAACGAAACAGCACAUUGAAAAAAAUACGGUAUUUAUUUAUUUAUUUAUAAAUUGUCAACGUGGAAAUAACAUGCAAUGUAUAACAAAAAGAUAACUGUUACACUGCAUUUGAACUAAAUGCAUGUGAAAUUAAUUCUCAACAAUUCUUUGCUUUUUCGUGAGCAAUGUUUAACAUUUAUAAGAAAUG